AUGCAGGGUUUCUUCAAGUUGAGCCUGCUCGCCGCUGCGGCCUCCCUCUGCAGCGCGGCCUUCAAGGACGGCUGCGCCGACGCGAAAUGGAACUCGGACACGGACUACUGGCUGCACAAGUUUGACAAGGACGACAACCUGCCCUUCUACCCGCAAUACAACAACACCUUCGUCAAGAUCAAGAACAGGCAGCGCAGGUAUGUCGUGCUUCACUGCACCAAGGAGGCGCCUCCCAAGUCCGAGGUCGGCGAGGAGUCCCUGGUCAUCCAGGUCCCGGUCAAGAACGUUGCUGCUCUUGAUGGCUUCUCCCAGAACAUGAUUGAGAUGCUCGGCCUGUCCACCUCCAUCAAGCGCACCGGCGUCUACGCCGACGUCACCAGCUCCUGCGUCCGCGGCAACAUGAUGGACAAGACCACCUACGACGACGACCACUGGGACCAGGCCGAGUCCGUCGAGGUCACCUUCCACGGCGACACCAAGGCCAAGGACUCCUCCAAGGUGCUCAUCUACAACACUGGCCUGUACGCGCCCCUGACCCAGCUCGCCUACAUCAAGUUCUUCUCCAUGUUCUACGGCCUCGAGGAGCUCGGCGCCAAGAUCUACGACGAGGUCGCCGCCAGCUACCGCUGCGCCGCCGCCAACGUCCAGCAGGCCGUCAUCGCCGGCACCUACCCGCAGGGCGCCUACAUCUCCCCCGUCCGCCGCGAGGACGGCGGCAAGGUCACCGUCUUCCAGAGCGCCUGGUGGAACACCAUCCUCUCCGACGCCGGCUCCCGCCUGGUCAACGCCUCCGCCGACGGCGACGUCGCCAACCGCGGCGCCGUCACGGAGCCCGAGGCCGUCACCAUCAACAGCGGCGGCACCGGCCGCGCCAGCGCCUUUGGACGCAACACCUGGGCCAUCAUCGACACCACCCAGUACGACCAGCUGCCCGGCAAGGCGGCGCCCAAGGAGAGCCCCCACGCCGAGCGCGUCACCGACAAGACGUACUCGGCCCGCUCCGGCACGGACAAGGGCAUCUACGCCGUCUCCCACAACAACGUCUACCUGACCGACAAGGCCAGCAACCGCAAUCUGCGCCACAACUUCUUCGACCGCGGCACCGCCCGUCCUGACCUGGCCAUCCGGGACAUCAUCUCCGUCGUCUCCCCGUCCGCCAACCCGUCCACCUACGUCCCGCAGUUCAUCCGCCCGGCCAACAAGCCCGACGACACCAUCGCGCUGCGCCGCUACGCCAACACCUGCGCCGUGCAGGGCAAGGAGGUUGAGACGCUCAACAUCACCUCGUGCGCGCUGCCCGGCUGGGUCAACGGCUUCAACUCGACCGGCGUCGCGCCCAACGCCUUCGGCCGCGCCGACGAACCCGAGUCGCUCGCCAUCACCUCCAACGCUGGCGCUCUUAGCGGUGGCGAGAAGGCCGGCAUUGCUGUCGGAUCGAUUGUCGGCGGCCUGCUGAUCAUUGCGGGCAUCCUGUUUGGUGUCUGGCGCUGGCGUCGCGCGGCGGCGGCGAAGAAGCAGCAGCGCGAGAUGAACCAGGUCGAGAAGGGCUCCGUUAUUAGCGAGUAA